AUGCACGGCUUGUCAAUCAAAACUGUAAAUGAUCUGAUCAGAGCACUGCCGGUUGAGUUUCUUACCCUAUUCUCCACAGAUGCCUGCUGCACUGCGGUGGGCACUGAACAAAGGUCUGCACUUGAUGAUUCUUUAGAACAGCAGUUACAAAGUAUCUCCAUCUCUAGUGAUGAGUCCGGCAACAUCCCACCCCACUCAACUCCCAAGCCCAGAGUUUUCAAGGACAAGGAUGACAGCCGCUUUACUACUUUCAUGAAUGAUUCCAGAAUCUCUGAAAUAAUCAAUGAGUACUUUAAAAGAGUAAAUCUUGCCCAACACAAUGAGUAUCCAAGUAUUAAACAUGAGAUUUAUGAAGUAGUGGCAAUGACACUGUACUGUAUUUAUAGUCCAACAGGCAGUGUAUUUUUAAGCGAAUAUGAAUUUUAA